AUACACAGCAGCGGCAAUUCGCCCGAGUUGCGAGUUGAGUUCAGUUAAGAUGUGCAAUUCAAAUGGUGCGAACGUCUGUUGGCGGUUGCUUCGCGUUACGCGUCAAACAAACUGAAAUCUCAACUGAGCUGUAAGAUUAACAAGUGCUUCAACACACACACACAUACACAUCCACAUAUAUAAAAAUAUAUGUAGAAAAAGUGUGUGCGAAUUAACACACAUACAUGUGCGACGCGUUUGUGAGAGCACACACACAUACAUAUAUACGUUUAUAUGUAUGUAAAGGCAGCAUUUUUAACUUAAAUAACGGCAACGCGUUGUCAAGCGCUGAAGUGUCUAAUAAAUCAGCGUGUGACAGAUAAACAAAUGAAUAUUGUUGCAUAUUGCUUUGUGACAUUAAAGCGUGAAGUCGUGCACGCGCUAGGUAUUACCGUUAAACGCGCGCCGUCAAUAAUAAAUAAUACGGAAAUUCAUUAAAAGUUGCGGCGCUGCAAUAAGUGUGCGCGUGUGGCAGGCAUAAAUAUUGCAAACGCCUUGCUGUUGCACUCAUAAAGCUGCUGCCUUACACAUACAAACAUAGUAGUGCUGCAAGCGUGCCUAAGACUACCGUUAGUAUAGCGCUUGCCGCAUCAAGCGCAACACUUUAAGCGCUUUCCGCAUUUAUUCUAACUCUUGUUGUUGUUGUGGCAGCUCCAAAUCGGCAAAAUGAUGCUGAAAAUGAUGAUAAUGAUGCUGCUAGUCAUCUUUGUGGUGGUGCUGUAGUGGCCGCAAGCAUUGCGUGUGUGUUGCAUGGUUGCGCGCGUACCGUUGUGUGUGUGUCGCGAACGCGCGCUUCCGUCCAUAAACGCUCCGCCGCUGUCAGCGCGUUCUUCUGUGGAAAUUUAUCGUUUCGUCCGCAUUCGCAAAUUGCUUCGCCGCAUUUUUAUGUGAAAAUUGAAAAAUUUCUGAAAUUUUCAACAUUGCAAAAUCACGUGUAUUUGUUGUGGCCAAAACGCAAAAAGCAUAAAAAAUACGCGCAGCAUACGAAAAAUUGUAACACCUAAGCAAAUAGAUUGCGGCGCGCACGCUGUGCAUGGCAAUGCGAACACGAAGAAAAAAGUGCGAGCGAAUACCAAAAAUACCUGUGAAAUAUUUUCGACGCUGCUGCCGCGUGUGUCGGUAGGUGUGCGCCGCGUCGCGCCGCGCCGCUAUGCAGUGAAUGAAAUAUAGCUGCCAAUAAGCGCGAAAAUUAAAAAUAUUUACCAAAUCAACUAAAAAAUCGAAAAAAAGUGGUGAAUUUCCAAAGCAAAGUGCAAUCAAGCGGAAUCAAAGUGAGCAGCGGCGGCUGUGCCGUUUGCGUUCUGCGAAAACUUGCAUGCAACAAUAUUUAAGUAACAACAAUAGCAAAAAAUAUUGAAAAAUAAAGAUAAUAGAAAAUAUAACAAAUAAAGAAAAUAAAAAACCGUUUAUAAAUAAAUAAAUGUUGAAAUGAAACGGCGAGCUCAAAGCGCUUUGUGGCAAAUGGGCGCGCAGAGUGAAAUCUAAAUGGAUUUUGUAUAGAAAAAUGCUUGAUUAAUGCUACAAGGCAAGCAAGCGGCAAUACAUGUGAAAUGAAAAACGUAUCGCUUGCGUUGUAAUAAUUUAAACUAGCUGCACAAAUACACACACAAACAACAAGCUCAAUGAAAAUUUUCCAGAGCGAUAAAAAAUAUGUUGAAGCAAAUAAAGCAAAACACAUUUUAACACUCAUUAUUAAUGGUAGAAAUAAAAGCGUAACAGCGGCAUUUAAUCACGCACAAUUCACAAUCAUUUCAAGCACAUUAACCGUUAGAUUAAAAGCAUGGAAGCGACGGCAGCGUCAGCAUAACUGUAGUAUGCUUGUAAAUAAGAGGAUGGCAAAAACAAAAACAAAAAUAAACAAAAAAAAAAAAUAACAAAAACAAUUCUGUAUAGUUUACGCUGUAAUUAGCUAAUAAUUUAGCAAUAGCAUUCGCAUUCUACUUGGAUAAAAACGCAAGUGUCGGUGAAAAACGGGUAAUCACUAGCGCUAGAGUGUAAACAAAUGAAAAAGAAAUAAAUAGAAUAAAAUUAAAAAUAGUCAAAUAGCGUAAUUAUAGCAAAAUAUAAUUAAUUUAAACGCAAAUCGGUAAAAAAUUGCAUACACACGCAUUUCACUACACAGAAUUUGCAUAUUCAACAAUAAGUUUCGGCUGAAAAUUUAUCUACCAGAUAAAAUAAAAAAAGGUUGCAUAGUGUAAAAUAAAUAAGAAAAUAAUUAUUUGAAAAUGACUUCCACACAAUUAAGUUCAGCAAAGCAGCAAUCCAAGCGUUUAAUUAAAUACAGUGCGAAACAUAUAAUUGUUGAAAGGUAAUUACAAAUAAAUGAUUUAAAAGCAGAAAAUUAAAAAAAAAAUACACAAAAAGUGAGCAAGUGAAAAUUAAAAAUUUAUAGUAAUUAGUUAAAAUUAAAUAUAAAAUAAUCAAUUAGUAAAUAAUUAAGCAAAGCAAAUAAUAAAAAAAUUCUACUUCGUUUGAGUGAAUAUCCAGCGUGUGUGUGCGCUACGCUUGAGUUGCCAAAAAAGUCCUUAAAUGCGGAGAUAACCCCAGCUCAACAGCGUCAGGCACCCAACAAAGCAUCAGCGAGGCAAAUAAUAUUAAUGACACAACAACGCGAAAUACAAACACACACUGGCCACACUUGCAACGCCUAAGUGAAACACGCCCCGUCUGCGAAGUAAUCUUCUGGAGUAAUAAAUAAAUUAUUGCCAGUAGUAAUAAUAAAAGUAAUAGCAAAAUAAUAAUAAAAGCCUACGCAUUAAUACAACACCACCAACAACAACAACCACCGCUAGCACUAACAACACAAGCAACACGCUUUACACGGAGCCGCAGCAGCGCUAAUAGCAGGCAGACAGCAACAAAACUACAACUUCAACAGCAUACUCGAAAAGUAACGGCAAUAACGGAACAAAAUGGAUUAUAGCCAAUUAGAUGCGGAUAUCAACGGCAACAUCAAUACGGGCAAUAUCAAUACAAAUGACUUCCUCGCCAUAUUCUCAUCAACAACAAGUCCCACCGAUGUGACUGCAACGCCUGCCUCGUCGGCGGGAGGCUGGUCCGGCGGCGGCGGUGCCGUCGGGCGCAAGCACUACACACAUCUGUCCGCCCCACCACACAGCAGUAACGGCAACAUUUUCUACGCCAGCAACAGCAGCAGCAGCAGCGCAGCCAGUGCACCGACCGCCCUCAGCAAUACAACAACACUACUCAACCCGCCACUACUAACCGUCGAUGUUGGUGCUGAUGGCGGUGCGGCAGGCGGCGUGGCCAAUCAAUAUGGGCUGGGAAAUUUGCUCGAGAGCACCUUACAGGGCGCCAUCACUACGCUGAGUCCGAAUAAUUAUGUCAACGACAGUUACUAUUUCUUGAAUAGCAACUUCUAUAACGGUAGUAUGAGUUAUAGUGGCAGCGCGGGCAAUUAUAGCAAUCAAACGUUGACGGUUGGUGGUGGCAUGUCAUCGGCGAAUUUGUCCUCGAACCUGACGGAAGUGCAAUGGGACGGUCGCUAUCCGAGCGGUUAUACGUUGCCGCAAAUCGUCAUCGCUUCGGUAAUCGUGACCAUAUUGAUGAUUAUCAUCGUGGUGGGCAAUAUGCUGGUCAUCAUUGCCAUUAUGACAGAGAAAUCGCUAAAGAACAUACAGAAUUGGUUUAUUGCCUCGCUGGCGGUGGCGGACUUCUUUCUCGGCCUGAUCAUAAUGCCCUUCUCGCUGGCGAACGAACUGAUGGGCUAUUGGAUAUUCGGCAGUUGGUGGUGUGACAUACACUCCGCCAUGGAUGUGCUGUUAUGUACGGCGUCCAUAAUGAAUUUGUGUCUGAUAUCGUUGGAUCGGUAUUGGAGCAUCACGAAGGCGGUGGACUAUCUCAAGUCGCGUACGCCGGCGCGUGCGGCAAUCAUGAUUGCCUCCGUGUGGAUAAUGUCGGCAUUGAUUUGCAUACCGCCGUUGCUGGGUUGGAAGGUGAAAAUGCCGGAGGGACCGUUGCCGAAAUGUGCGCUGAGCGAAGACAUCGGCUACGUGUUAUACUCCGCAUUGGGUUCUUUCUACUUGCCCAGCUGCAUUAUGGUUUUUGUCUAUAUACGAAUUUAUUAUGCCGCUAAAGCGAGAGCGAGACGCGGCAUCAAAAAGCAUCCGCGUAAAACGAACAACGAACAGGUAACGAGUUUCACCACCAUCGGCAAGAAGGGCACCAUACCGAUGCCAUCGUCGAGCGCCAUGAGCGCUUUACAAAUGAAUCAACAGCGUCAGAUAGCCACCAUCGAAACACCACCGAACAGCGCCGCGCUGCCAAUGCAAAUACCCACUGUGACGUGCGAUCUCGCGUCCGACAUCUCCACCUCCGAGGCCGCCGACAUGGAGCCGCAUCCACUUGUCUAUCCCAAUGGGAAUUCGAAUGUACCGUCCCCGCUCACUAUGCUCACGCCCGGCUCGCCCAACUGCACGCUCACCGCGACGGAUAAGGAGACACUUAAGGUCAGCACAAUAGCGACGGGACGCGGUGCGCUCAAUGUGCCUGUACCGCCGUCAAUGGCUGCCGCAGCAGCGACAGCUAACUCGAACACACCGAACAACAAUAACAAUGAUAGUGUUACGCCCAUAGACAUUGAGGGCAUGACAAGUGGGACAACGACGGCGACAACAGCGGCAACGGGCAACACAACUGUUGGCGGCGCGACGUUAACCACACCGAAUGCUAGCGGUGGCCUCACAGCUGGCGCUUCACCGAAUGAACUGCGCGUCUCGCCCAUCGCUGCGCGAUGCCGUGCGCUUUCGGUGGGCAUCGACACCGACAUGGUUAGCGAAUUCGAUCCAUCCAGCUCGGAUUCGGGUGUCGUGAGCAGAUGUGCGGUGGUGAAACCGUUAAAGUUUCGACUCUGCCAACCGAUAUUCGGACGCAAGACGGCGAAUCAAGCGCGUCGUAAUGAGGCAAAAGCAACAGCGACGGCCGUAGCGACAGCGAAAACGCUGAAACCCUGCGAAGUAGCGAAAGCCGAACUCGAACCGGCCAUACCGAAGUUGCAAAAACCACGCGACCCCGAAAAGGAGAAACGACGCAUCGCGCGGAAAAAAGAGAAACGCGCCACACUCAUAUUGGGUUUAAUUAUGGGCAGUUUCAUUGCCUGUUGGCUGCCAUUCUUCUUUCUCUACAUACUGGUGCCGGUCUGCGGCAGCUACUGCAACAUACCGGACUUUGCGUUUGCGGUCGCAUUUUGGCUCGGCUACAUGAACUCCGCCUUGAAUCCGGCCAUUUACACGAUCUUCAAUAAGGACUUUAGGCGCGCCUUUCGUCGCAUACUAUUCAAGUGAUGUUUGGCCUAUGUGUGCUGUUAUCGGUGCGUUCAUGCGAGCAUUGAGAAGGCCACCGAACGUGCCAUGGGCAGCACACCCAUUGGUUAUGGCAUGUACCAUUACCGGCGAUAGAUUUGGUUAUUUGCUUUUGUGCGCUAAACUACUACAACAAAACAAAACAAUAAUAAAUACAGCAACAACACCAACAAAUGCCAUCUAAUCAGUUAAGCUGCAUUCAUGCGCUGUUUGCGCAUAUGUUAAGGUAAACAAAUAACGGUUCAGUUUUAUUUUUUUUUUUUUGUGUUGUGGCAAGUGCACGCGUACUGCGCUUGCUCUGCGGCAGCGUAGCGUUGUCAUUUCAAAUGCCUUGGUAUUUUCCUAUCGUGUUUCGGUUUUAGUGCUUCAAUAACAUCGCUUUAGUGCUCUCCGUUAUUGCCUUGGUGUUUGUGUAUGCCGCUGUGUGUACGCAUGUAUAAAAAUGUUAUUGCUUAUAGUUAUAUGUAGUAGUGAAAAUCGAUGAGAAUAUAAAAUUAAUGCUCAUUUUAAAGCAAUGAAUGGCUGUGAAUCCAUUGGGAAAUUCAUAUUGCUUUUAAAUUAAGUGUGUUAUUUGUUUUUCAACUAAUUUGAAUAUAGAAUAAUGAAAAAAUUAUUUAGAAAGUAUAAAGUGUUCCAAAGAAAUUGGCAUUUGAAAUGACGACGUUAAGCUGAAGUUGCCGGAUUUAACCAAAGCUCGAAAAAAAUUUAUUGCAACAGGGUACCCAGAUUGCUAAAUUGAAUAUUUAUUAUGUAUUUAUUUUAAUACAUAUUUUUUUAAUAUUUAUAUUUAUAGUUCUUAUUAUGAUUUUUAACAUGUUUCUCUUUCUUAAAAAUAGACGCAUAUUAUUUGAAAAAAAAAACGACAGCCAAUGUCACUUUAGUCUUAAAUAAAUCUUCUCAACAGCAAUUACAUUAUUUAUUUAAUAGUAUAUAGUUGUCUAAUUUAAUAUUAUAAUUUACAUUUUAACCAUUAUGAGCGUUCUGAAAUCCAUUUUAGAAGCAGUUUGAUGCUCAGUUAUUUAGAUAAAUAUCGCGUACGUAAUUUCAAUAUUUGCUUAUGAGUUCAUAAUGCCCAUAUUUAGUACUAAAAAAUUAAUUAAAAUUUUUUUAACGAAAAUAUCUGGAUAACUUAUUUAUUUCAUGGAAAUGAGCUUAUUCUUAGUUUUUUUAGACAUUUAAGGUUGAGCCAGCUUACAGCUCGAGUUGAAACUUGACGCUCCUCUCAAAUAUUGUCCAGCUUGUUUCUCAGUCGCCUCCAAACUGAAGAACAAAACAUGAGUUUUUAUUAGCAAAAUUAUUAUUUUUCAGUUUGAAACAACAAAACUGUAUUUCUUGUAUUGAAAAUCAUUUUUAAAUAUCUCUCCAGUCUCUCACAUAGUUCAUGAAUGUUGUCACAUACCAACCUUAGAAUUAUAAAUUAAAGAUAUUAUUCCGGCUAAAAUAGCACGGUUUCUACAAUGUCAUUAAUACAGAAAUAUGGGCUGUACUAUAUACUUACUAUAUAAUAUUAAUCUUUUUGAAAUAUAAUAUAUGUCAACUGAGAUACUGUUUUCUAAUUUACGAACACCUCGAAGUCUCUAAUAGGCUCGUAAGUUUGGCAAUAUCUUAAAUAAAUGACUUCAAAAAUCAAGAAUAUUGCUUAAUUAUAAUUUGCAGUUUGCUUGAGUCCACUGUCUGAUUUAUCAUAGUUCGAAACCUGCAUUCACAAUAAGAUCCAAGUAUAAAUACGAAUUCUUGAAUUAACAAUAGUUUAUAUUUGAUUUAAUAUUUUAUUUUUUUUUUUCAUUUUAAAACUUAGCAAAUCUUUUUGGUCUUCGACGGAUGGAGUUUUAUUGAACAAAAUGCGCAGAAACAUUUCUUUAACCUGAAAUUUCAAUUAGAAUUCUCCAUAUAGUAUUUUAACAUGUAUUUAAUUACUUAGCCAAUAUUUUCGCACUAAAAUCUGCAUCGGUUCAAAAAAUUUCACGGAUUUUUUACAUCAAUUCAGCCCGAAUACUUUCUUAUUUCAUUU